CAGAUACUGAUAAUAGCCAGGUGAGGAGACGCAGAGAGCUGUGGAACCUUUUGUUUGUAGGACGACUUCCAGUUCAGGCAAGAAAGAUGCUAGCAUGCAGUUUCCUGAUGAUGAGCUGACAGUGCUAAGAGAAGAGAACGACGCUCUUAGAAAAGAAAACAGUGAAUUACGUAAGAAGGUUGAUAGACUAGUGGAAACCAUCGCACUCAAUGACGCUCUUCCUAAUUUACUCGCAACUCUACGAGGUGCACCCGCCAGCAGUGAUGCCUCCCAACAUCUCAGCCCCUCCCCUGACCACACCCCACCAGAAGAGGAUGCAGUACCGUCCACCUCCGCUUCCCCGCAGGCCAUCACCAUCUCACGCUGCCAAAGCCUUGCCAACGACGACCUUUCAUCCGGCCCACCCACUUCCACUCAUGAUGCCGUAAUACCGGUAUCGGGCAUGGGUGUGGUCGGAGGACAGGUGGUGACUACCGUGUCAUCUCAAUCGGUAUCGCUACCACAUAUACCACUCUCGCAGGUUUCCUUGCCACAACUUGCUGCAGCAAUGGAUCAUGAUAUGCUGCCACAUCACUUACAACAACAGGUGCAUAUUCCACGAGCACCUGUCCUUCCCGUCCUGGCAUCCGGUAUUCAAAUGGGUUUAAUGGGUCAGCCGCCGAUGGUCCCACCGAUGGUACCGCCCGGUGCACCCUCUCAGCUCGCCAUGAUGCAGCAGAGUCUGUCCAAUCCGGUGCCCCAGUCCGCUGCUCAGACGGUGCUCCAGCACGUCUCCCACAUGACGGGUGGUAGCGUGGCACCGGUCAGGAUACGGGAUAGGGGCAAGCUCAUCGUACGACCGGGGGGCAAGCAGACAGAAGAUUCGGUUGAGAUCAGCCUAAGUAACAACGUGAAGGUUGACAAGAGACUCCUAGACCGGUGCAACCAUACAAACUUCCGCAAGCUGACCUCUGACCUCUUGAUGUGUCUCUUCCCGCGGAAGAUCCUGAGUAGAUCCACUCUGGGUGGGACCAGUAACACUAUCUCCAGGACCACAGGGCUACCAACCAACAAGACCAGAUUAGACCCAGAAAAAGUUGAAGCAAUACUUGAUUACGUCCAGCGAGUUACCGGUGUUCCGGCCAGAGCGGUCAAAGAUGCCAUAAGGACAAAACUCAACAAUGAAGCUAAGAGAAUGCACAGACAACUCAUAUUCAAAAGAUCAAUACAUUACCCAUCCAGCACCACCCCAGGAGGCCCCACAUGAGGACAAUCCCCCCUGCCCUGCCCCGAGAGAGAGAAAGAGGUGAAGCCCUGUCUAAAUCACAAACAUGUUUUGUUACAUAUGGGACUGGGUCCAGAGCUUAGAAGCAAACAUUUUUUGCUAGGUAUGGGACUGGGUCCAGAGUCUUAAAGGAAACAUUUUCUGUUACGUAUGGGACUGGGUCCAGAGUCUAGAAGGAAACAUUUUUUACUGUGUAUGGGACCAGACUCCAUGUUUUAGAAGGCCCUUGAAUAAGGUGAUGCCCUGUCUAAAUUACAAACAUGUUUUGUUACGUAUGGGACUGGGUCCAGAAUCUAGAAGCAAACAUUUUUUGCUGUGUAUGGGACCAGACUCCAUGUUUUAGAAGGCCCUUGAAUAAGGUGAUGCCCUGUCUAAAUUACAAACAUAUUUUGUAUCCUAUGGGACUGGGUUUCUGAGUCUAGAAGGAAACAUAUUUUACUGUGUAUGGGACCUGAGUCCAUGUUCUAGAAGGCCCUUGAAAAAGGUGAUGCCCUGUCUAAAUUACAAACAUGUUUUGUUACCUAUGGGACUGGGUCCAGAGUCUAGAAGCAAACAUUUUUUGCUGUGUAUGGGACCUGAGUCCAUGUUCUAGAAGGCCCUUGAAAAAGGUGAUGCCCUGUCUAAAUUACAAACAUGUUUUGUUGCAUAUGGGGCUGGGUUUAAAGUCUAGAAGCAAACAUUUUUUGCUGUGUAUGGGACUAGAGUCCAUGUUUUAGAAGGCCCUUUGAUAAUUUUAACAUUCUUUUUAAUGUAUGGGAUGAGGGUCUACUCUGCAUAGUCACCACUGCCCUUUAUCAAUUGCAAUAUUUCUGUUUUUUAUCAGGACUAUGGGUCUAAACUUCUAGUCCCAAAGGUCCUUAAUCAUUUUAAACCUUUUUAUUAUGUACAUUUAUAACUUGGCUCCUUAAUCCUUGGCCUGCAAAGCCCUUCGAGACUAAAAACAUUU